CCGGCAGCCCCGGCGCAGAGCUGGAGAGGGAGACGGACCCGAGCGCAAGUCGCGGGCCCAGCUGUGAGCCCGGCGGGAGACAAUCCGCCGUCCGCGCUCGAGAGACGCCGCGGCCGCAGGGUCUCCAUUUUAGGGUGUUCUAACAACUGAGCCCUAUUAACAUUUUCAUCAUGGGCUUCCGCUUGGCUCUGGCAUGGACACUCCUGGUUGGGCCAUGGGUGCCCAUGGGAGCUCAGAACCCCAUUUCAUGGGAGGUGCAGCGAUUUGAUGGGUGGUACAACAACCUCAUGGAGCACAGAUGGGGCAGCAAAGCCUUCGGGGCGGAGCGAGGGAACCGCGAGCCCUUCCUGCAGGCGCUGGGCCUGCUCUGGUUCCGCUACCACAACCUGUGGGCGCAGAGGCUGGCCCGCCAGCACCGGCUCUGGGGGGACGAGGAGCUGUUCCAGCACGCGCGCAAGAGGGUCAUCGCCACCUACCAGAACAUCGCGAUGUAUGAGUGGCUGCCCAGCUUCCUGCAGCAAGCACCGCCGAAUUACACAGAGUACCGCCCUUUUCUGGACCCCAGCAUCUCUCCGGAGUUCCUGGUGGCCUCUGAGCAGUUCUUCUCCACCAUGGUGCCCCCUGGCGUCUACAUGAGAAAUGCCAGCUGCCACUUCCAGGUCAUCAAUAGGAACUCAAGUGUCUCCAGAGCUCUCCGGGUCUGCGAUAGCUACUGGAGCCGAGAGCACCCAAACCUACAAAGAGCUGAAGAUGUGGACCCGCUGCUGGGCAUGGCCUCCCAGAUCGCUGAGUGAGAGGACCAUGUGGUGGUUGAGGAUGCAUGAGACUUGGUAUCUCAUCCCGAUUUCUUGCCUGGGCCACUGAAGUUUUUCCGCACAGACCACCUGGCCAGUUGCCUGCAGCCAGGCCGGGAUCUGGGCCUGCCCUCUUACACAAAGGCCAGGGCAACACUGGGCCUGCCUCCAGUUACCAGAUGGCAGGACGUCAACCCUGCACUCUUCCGGAGUGAUGGCACUGUGAGGAGGGGUCAGGACCCAGAGGGCAGGGUGGGAGGUCCAGGGCACACUGGCUUGAGACAUGGAAGAUGGGCGGCGAAACACAUGCAUCAGAGACAAGCACCUGGUGAGAGGGGCAGGGCUCACACAGGUCGCUUUUCCCAGUAUCACACACCAGGAUGGAGGUUACCAGACCAGCAGGAUUAUGCAGGCCGUGUGGUGAAUGUCUACCUCUUCUCCAUCAGCCCACUCAGCAUCCUUUCCUGCCUCUUACCUGGCCUCUUCCAUGACAACGGGUCUGAGUUCCCCCAGAAGUGUUACUGGUGGUUCUUCCAGACCAUGCCAGGUCUCACGGGGGUCAUGCUGCUCCUGGUUCUCGCCGUCAUGUACGUCUUCGCCUCCCACCACUUCCAGCGCCGCAGCUUCCGGGGCUUCUGGCUGACCCACCACCUCUACAUCCUGCUCUACGUGCUGCUCAUCAUCCAUGGCAGCUUCCCUCUGAUCCAGCUGCCCCGUUUCCACAUCUUCUACCUGGUCCCAGUACUUACCUACAUGGGGGACAAGCUGGUGAGCCUGAGCCGGAAGAAGGUGGAGAUCAGUGUGGUGAGGGCAGAGCUGCUGCCUUCAGGAGUGACCCGCCUCGAGUUCCAGCGGCCCCAAGGCUUUGAGUACAAGUCAGGACAGUGGGUGCAGAUCGCCUGCCUGGCUCUGGGGACCACAGAGUGCCACCCUUUCACCCUGACUUCUGCGCCCCACGAGGACACGCUUAGCCUGCACAUCCGGGCAGCAGGGCCCUGGACCACCCGCCUCAGGGAGAUCUACUCACCCCCGACGGGUGACAGCUGUGCCAAACAUCCAAAGCUGUGCCUCGAUGGACCAUUUGGAGAGGGCCACCAGGAGUGGCGUAAGUUUGAGGUGUCCGUGCUGGUGGGAGGGGGCAUUGGGGUCACCCCCUUUGCCUCCAUCCUCAAAGACAAGUCAUCGGUCAGCUGCCAAGUGUUCUGUAGGAAGAUCUACUUCAUCUGGGUGACACGGACCCAGCGGCAGUUUGAGUGGCUGGCUGACAUCAUCUGGGGGGUGGAGGAGAAUGACCACCAGGACCUGGUGUCCGUGCACAUCUACACCACCCAGCUGGCUGAGAAGUUUGACCUCAGGACCACCAUGCUGUACAUCUGUGAGCGGCACUUCCAGAAGGUGCUGAACCGGAGUCUGUUAACGGGCUUGCGCUCCAUCACCCACUGACCCCCCUUCGAACCCUUCUUCGACUCUCUGCAGGAGGUCCACCCAAAGGUCCAGAAGAUCGGGGUGUUUAGCUGUGACCCCCAUGGCAUGACCAAGAAUGUGGAAAAGGCCUGUCAGCUCAUCAACAGGCAGGACGGGAUUCAUUUCUCCUACCAUCAUGAGAACUUCUAGGCCUCCUGCCCAGGGCCUCUGCCCACUGCCCAGCUGAGCAGAGGUUUGGCCCCAUACCUCACCUCUAGCUUUCCUGUUUCUGGCUCCCUCAGCCGUCUCCCCAUUCGCACCUCCCAACCUUGGUCCAGGUGGCCAUGGUUAGUCACCUCAUGCGGGUUCAGGGACUCCCAGGCCCGGAAGCUCUCAGCCUGGAGAAAUGCAAGGCACUGUGUGGGGACUAGAGGUUGGGAAGUUGGGGAGCUAGUAUUGCUUUGGGGCAAAGUGACACCUCUUCUUCCAAAAUAAGAAA